AUGGCACCCAAUCAUGCACGACAACACGUCUUUCAUAAUACACCAACAGACUCCCCAGAUAGGGCUCAACCCGCCAUUCCAGUUCACAACCUACUAGAUUCGGACACAUCAGCUCUCUCACUCUCUAAUAGAUCGUCAGACAAAUCAACCCCCGUAAACUAUGAGCAAUCUUUUGAAUUUGAGCAGCUGCUCAGAGACCUCAUGAAACGGCAAGUGUUUCAUGAUGAAGGAAUCAAGGACCGCCAACUUGGUGUCAUGUUUAAAGAUUUGCGCGUCAUUGGUGGAGGUUCUCGUACCUCCCCCCAGCCAACCGUGGGCUCACUUUUCCAUCCUUCAACGUGUAUGCGCAAGAUGAGGGGAAAUCGUCAUCCCUCAACUAAAGACAUUUUGUCCGGAUUCGAGGGUGUUGUCACUCCUGGAGAAAUGCUGUUGGUCCUUGGUCGUCCCGGCUCCGGGUGUUCGACCUUCCUCAAGACACUUGCCAACCGACGUGGGGAGUAUCAUGCCGUCGAGGGACAAGUUUUCUAUGAUUCAUUCACCCCGACGGAGAUCCAUGACUCCUUCCGUGGCGAUGUCACUUACUGCCCGGAGGAUGACAUCCACUUCCCGACUCUGACCGUCGACCAGACGCUCUCUUUCGCCGUCAGAAAUCGUACUCCCACAACACGUCUUCUCGGCCAGACUCGCGAGGACUAUGUCAAGGAUACCACUACGAUGCUAAUGGAAGUCCUUGGCCUCUACCGUUCAAAAAAUACACUGGUUGGUAAUGCUCAAAUUCAAGGUGUGUCAGGUGGCGAGAGAAAGCGAGUCUCUAUCGCGGAAAAUUUAGGCUCUGCAGGCACACUUGGCGCAUGGGAUAAUCCCACUCGCGGACUAGAUUCCUCGAGCGCAGUCGAGUUUGUCCGCACAUUGCGUGCUAUCACAGAUGUUAAACGCACGACAAUGAUCGUCUCCCUCUACCAGGCGGGCGACCAAUUGUACGAUUUGUUCGACAAGGUCUGUGUCAUCGAUGAGGGGAAGAUGUCUUACUUUGGUUCGGCAAACUCAGCGAAAGAUUAUUUCAUGGAUAUGGGCUUCGAACCGCAAAACAGGCAGACCAUCCCUGAUUUCCUGGUUGCAGUUACGGACCCGAACGGGAGGAAAAUCCGCCCUGGAUAUGAGAGCUUUGUCCCGCGGACGUCGGAGGAAUUUGCUAGUCGUUUCAUGGCUUCUGACCUCGGCGGUCAGAAUCAGAAAGCGAUGGAACAGUAUCACGAGCACUACGUUGGCAACGACGAACGCAAGCAGGCAUACAUGUCCAGCGUGACCUCUGAACGUGCCAGUAGAUCCACUGUUUACAUGACUUCUAUCCCCCAGCAAGUCAAAGUAGUCAUGAAGCGCGGCCUGCAAGUGAUUCUUGGUAAUAAGUUUGAGCUCUGUGUACAACUGGCUGCUCAGGUCUUCCAAGCGAUAAUUAUCGGCACCGUCUUUCUGAACGCUCCAAAUGACACUUCGGCCUAUUUCUCUCGCGGAAGUGUUCUGUUCUUCUCUUUGUUCUUCAAUGCUCUUACAUCUGUUGCAGAAAUUCCUGCGCUCUUCGUCCAGCGUCCAAUCGUACUUCGUCACCAGGAAGCCGCGUUACAUUAUCCUUUCAUCCAGAGCAUCGCGCAUAUCGCCAUCGAUAUUCCGAUCACGUUGAUCGUUCAACUGGUUUUCGCUGUGAUACUUUACCUGCUAGUUGGGUUGCAACGUUCCGCCGCACAGUUCUCCACAUUUUACCUUUUUAUCUUCUUAAUGUCGCAAACCAUGAAGUCAUUCUUCAGAGCAGUUGCCGCAAGCUUUAAAACUCGUGCCAGCGCAUUGGCUGCUAGCGGUAUCUUCGUUCUGUUAAUGUUGCUCUAUAGUGGAUACACAGUUCCUUGGCCGACCGCUCCGACGGGCUUGCGGUGGAUCAUGUGGUUGAACCCUUUGUGGUGGGGGCUCGGUGGACUUGUAGUGAACGAGUUCCAUACGCUUGACGGAGUCUGCUCUACUCUUGUUCCUCAAGGUCCUGGCUACGCAAAUGUCUCGCUUGCAAACCAGGUGUGCACAACAGUCGGGUCGCAACCCGGGCAGCUACUUGUGGAUGGCAACAUCUAUGUUGAAUUGACGUUCGACUUUUGGUAUGGUCAUCUUUGGAGGAACUUUGCCGUCAUGUGUGGCUUCUACCUUGGGUUCUUGGCCGUUCUCCUAGUUGCCACAGAAUGCAAUACCUCGUUUGCUUUCGACAGCGCCGUCGUUCUAUUCAAGCAUGGCUCCAGUGCUAUCAACGAGAAUGCUAAGGCCCUUGACGAGGAGACGGUAGAUGCAGAGAUUCAUUCUGGAUGCCGAUCCAAGGCAGGCGAUUCCUCGACUUUCGACAAUGUCGAGAAGGAAACCACGGUUACGGACCUCUUCACUUGGCAGCACCUGCAGUAUGAAGUCCCCAUUGGUGGAGGGAUGAAACGCCUUCUUGAAGACAUCACGGGCUUUGUCGCCCCUGGGAAGCUCACUGCGUUGAUGGGUGAAUCUGGCGCUGGAAAGACCACACUUUUGAAUGUUCUUGCACAACGCGUCGGUGCUGGUGUGGUGACUGGUGACUGCUUCGUUAACGGACGGCCGCUUGGUUAUUGCCAACAACUCGACACUCACCUUCUCGAGGCGACUGUUCGUGAAGCGCUCCUUUUCUCUGCCAAUCUUCGCCAGCCCCAGUCAGUUCCUCUCGCUGAAAAGGAAGCAUUCGUUGACAAGUGCCUUGCAAUGUGUGGUCUAGAGGAGUACGCUGAUGCUAUCGUUGGCUCUCUCGGUGUCGAGCACCGUAGACGCACCACCAUCGCGGUGGAGCUUGCUGCCAAGCCGAAACUUCUACUCUUCUUGGACGAACCUACGUCUGGUCUCGACUCGCAAUCUGCCUGGGCUAUCGUGCAGUUCCUUCGUGAGCUUGCUGACCAUGGUCAGGCCAUUCUCUGCACAAUACAUCAACCUUCAGCGGAGCUCUUCCAGGUCUUUGACAGAUUGCUGCUCCUUGGCAAGGGUGGACGGACCGACUAUUUUGGCGACAUCGGCAAGAACUCGUCGACCAUGUUGGACUACUUUGAGCGCAAUGGUGCUCCACGCUGCGGCCCCGACGCCAACCCAGCGGAAUACAUGCUCGACGUAAUAGGCGCGGGAGCAACGGCAAUCUCGACUACUGAUUGGUACGAGGUCUGGAUGUGUUCCUCAGAAGCGGCGCAGCUUCAACUUAGCGUCCAGUUGUCUGCCUUUGCCACUUCAUGGUCUUACCAGUUCGUUGCCCUCGCCCAUCGGAACUUCCAAGCAUACUGGCGCAAUCCCAUAUACAUCUGCUCCAAGUUUGUGCUUAACAUCGCCGGCGGUCUCCUCGUGGGCUUUACAUUCUUCCAGGCAAAUAACUCUUUGCAGGGUACCCAAGACAAGCUGUUUUCAGUCUUCCUCGCCCUUGUGCUUUGUGUUCCCCUCGUCCAUCAGCUGAUGGCCGUCUACAUCGAUAUUCGGACGGUCUACGAAAUCCGUGAACGUUCUAGCAGAAUGUAUCACUGGACCGCUCUCGUCAUGUCACAGCUAGCUGUUGAACUUCCUUGGAACAUGACGAGUUCGGCAAUGUUCUUUUUCUCCUGGUACUGGACCGUUGGAUACCCGACAGACCGGGCAGGCUACACAUUCCUCAUCUUCUCCAUCGCCUUCCCAUUGUAUUAUACCACGCUUGGACAUGGCAUCGCGUCCAUGGCGCCAACCGCUCCAGUUGCAUCACUGUACUAUACAACUCUCAUUGUCUUUAUCAUGGUCUUUGAUGGCGUCAUCCAGCCGUUCAUCGAGCUUAAUUGGUGGAAAUGGAUGUACAGGGCCUCUCCUUUCACAUACAUCAUCCAGGGCCUCCUUGGUCAAGCUAUCGGUGGGACAGCUAUAAUCUGCUCGCUCACGGAACUAGUCUCCGUCAACCCGCCGGAGGGUUUGACGUGUGCCAACUACAUGACUCCCUUCGUAGAAUUCGCCGGCGGCUACCUCACGAACCCCGAAGCCGCAGAGAGUUGCCAGUACUGCCCUUACACGACUGCUGACCAGUACAUGUUCUCGAGGUUCAACAUUAAAUUCAGCGAUCAUUGGCGUGACCUAGGCAUCGUCUUCGGAUUCGUCGCGUUCAACAUCAUCGCUAUUUUCUGGUUCACAUAUUUCAUGCGCAAUCGCACCGUCAGCGUGUUUUCUUCUCUCAAGCAGAAGUUGACUCGUGGCAAAUAG